AUGGCUGCGUCACCCACGUCGUUCCCGACGUUCCAGGACUACACGUUCGACCUCGCGAGCCGGCUGCAGGCCGCUGCGACACAGAGUCUGAAGGAGUUUGAGGCUAGCAUCACCCGCGAUGGCUUCGACUGGCUGGAUGGUUACCUCGAGAACCUCGAAGCCCAGGCCCACCGUCCCAUCGCUGAACUCAUCAAGACCCCCUCUCGUACCCACACCGUCAAGAAGACCCGCCAGGUUGCGGCCGCCGCUGAGACGGCCGCCCGCGACAGGGCGGAGCAGAUCCGCCAAUUCAACGCUCGCAUUGCCCUCUCCCCGCUCAUGAAGUCUCCAGAGCCUUUCUCUCCUCUCAACGCCCAGCAGCUUCUCGACUCACCCUCUGCUUCUCCUCUCAAGGGCAAAGCGAAGGCUGGACCCAAGGCGCUUAAGACCCGCAUGCAGGAGGACAGUCCUGUGAAGUCCAAGCCCAAGCGCACCCGGACCAAGAAGGAGGCUGAGCCCGCCAGCAAGUCAACUCGUCGCACCGUUCGCGGACCUGCUCCCAAGGCUCCCUCUCCGCCCCGCGAGCCCACCCCGCCACCCCGUGAGCCGACACCGCCUCCUCGGGAGCCUACGCCUGAACCUCCCCGAGAGCCAACGCCAGAGCCUCUUCGUGAGCCUACACCGGAGCCCCCUAGAGAGCCUACUCCUGAACCUGUCGAGGAGCGUGAGCCUACGCCCGUACCAGUUGUCGAACGUCAGCCUACCCCUCGCGAUCCCACUCCUGAGCCUGUCGUCGAGCGGGAACCCACACCGGAGCCCGUCGAGCGUGAGCUCUCCCCUGAAUCUCGUGACCCGACUCCCGAGCCGGUCGUUGAGUGUGACCCGACCCCUGAGCGCCAGCCAACCCCCGAACCUGUCCGCGAACCGACCCCCAACCUCAUGGACCUCAACUCGGAGCCCGUUCGUGAGCCAACGCCCGAGGUCGUCAAGGACGACGAGGACGUUUUUAUGGAAGACGAGCCAAAGGAGACUCUGCUGUCCGAAUCCGAAGCUGAGGAUGAGGAGAAGCAGCCUCCGAUCAAGGUCCGCAGCUCAUGGCUCUCCCAGGCGCUUGGCAACCAGGUCGCUCGACCGAGCACCGCCCAUCGCACUAGCAUGAACGACUUUGGCGGACUUCGCCAGAGCACUAUGCACUCGAAGCGCAAGAGCGAGGAGGUCGAGGAGAUCAAGGAGAAGCGUCCCGAUAAGGUCGCGCGUAUCGACCCUACCACUGCCUCCCCUGCCCCGUAUGACCGUAAGGCUGGAUCGGCUACCAGCCUCCCGACCGCGACCAUCAGCACUCCUGCCCCAGCCGCCAAGGUCCAGGCAACGACGGAGCCCGAGCGCAACACGACCAAGGUCGCCAAAGCGCUCGAAGAGAUGCGUGCCGCUGCUGCUGCCAAGGUCAAGGCUGCCAACGAGCAGAAGCGUUUGGCGGCUUCUACAACCCCGGCGCCAUCUGCCGGCUCUGGGUUUUUCCGCGGCUUCGGCGGUCUGUUCGGCUUCCAGAACGAUGCUGCUCGCCAGAAGCGUGAGGAGGAGGACCGCAAGCGUGAGGAGGAAGACCGCAAGGCACAGGCCGCGGCGGAGGUGGCACUGCACCGCGCCCUCGAAACCUUCCGCGAGGAGGAGCAGCGCGAGAAGGAGGAACAGGCCGUCAAUGAUAGUAUCAUGGCGGACAACGAGGACAUUCCCCCGCCUGAGCAGAACUUGAUCGACAUAGGAGACGAUUUCGAUUCCAUCCCCGACGACCUCGGUAGCUCGGCGCUUGGCGUCGCCGGCACUAUCGAUAUCGACUUUGCCGGUUCGACGACGCCGCCUGGCUCUCCUCCCAUCAAGGAGGCAACCCCUAAGCGCAAACCGCCCGUUCCCCGCAAGGCGGCGAACCGGCCUGCGAGUGCUGCACUUGCAUCCUCCAGCAGCCAGCUUUUCAAGACAGCCGACCGCAUGGCCUCCAAGGUCCAGGGCCACAAGCCCGCAGCUGCCCCUGUCAAGAGCGUGGCACGCGCUGCUGAAGCCGCUAAGAAGGACCAGGCGGCUAGGGACCGCCGGGAGGCUUUGCGUGCGCAGACGGAGCGUAAGAAGGCCACCGAGAAGGCUCGCAAGGCUGAGGAGGAGCGGGCCGCCGCUGAGGCGGAGAAGAAGCGUGCCGCUGAGGAAGCUGAAGCCCGUCGUGUCCGUCUCGCUGCCGCCGAGAAGUUGCGCAAGGAGCGCGAGGCGCGUAUCCGUAUCCAGCAGCAACGUGAAAAGGCUGAGCGCGAGGCCGAGGCCGAGGCGGCCCGCAAGGCAGAGGAGGAGAAGCGCAAGGCGGAUGAGGAGAAGCGCAAGGCAGAGGAGGCUGCCCGCAAGGAGGAGGCAGACAAGCGCAAGGCCGCCAUGCAGCGCAGCCAGCUCGGCAAGAGCGGCAUGAAGCGCAUCAUCCCCGCGCCCAAGACUCCCGGCAAGACCCAUUCCCGCCCGCCCAGCACCUUCCGCACCGCGGAGCGUGCCUCUGUUCAGCGUCUCGGCCCUCCCCAGCGCACCUCGCAGGCCGGCCCUUCGCGCGCCUCCUCGACGCUGCAACAGCAGCGCGCUACCCUGCAGGCGCAGCUCGACAAGCAGGCUGUCGAGGCCGAGCUCCUCGAGGACUCUGGCGACGUGUCACUUCCGUCGAUUCGCUCAGAGUACUCAGACUCGGACGACGAGCCUUCCGAGAGCGACUUCAAGCGACCAGCGUGGGCCGAGAGCCCUGCGCUUCGUCAUGCGCUUGAAGCUCAGGCUCAGGUCAACCCCGACGAGCUCUUCGGCCCGAUCAAGCCGCUGCGUAUGGACGAGUUGUUCAAGGAGCGUGCUGGCAAGUUCCGCGCGCGCACCUCGAGUGCCAACUGGAACGGCGCGGACCGCCUGACAGAGGCGGAGGAGCGCGAGUACGCGCGCCGCAUGGGCUUCAAGCCUGCCAAUGCGCCUCGAUAG